CAGGUUAUUUAUUUUGCGUCAACAGUCAAAACAUUCAAAAAACUUUCAAGUAGAAUCUAGUAACUUUGAUGAAGUUGACAUAAAAGAUCUAAAGCCUGAACUUAAGCAAAUAAAUAGAAUGGAUCCAACGAAGUUCCGUCCUAAUGACGAUGGAACUUUGUGGGGAUUCAGCACACUAGAACGAACACGAAGACUAGGGCAGCAAACAUAUCAGCGCGCACUGAAAAAUCACGCAGCAUGGAUGAAACCUAAAAGACAGGGAUCUGCUACAAAUCCCGUUCACCAGCAGGGGUUACAGUGGGGGGCGUGUCCUAUUUGUGGUAAAUCAGUUGAACCCAAUCUUCAGCUGGAAUCAGCCUUCUGUAAUGUCAGGAAGAUGAUGCAUCAGAUUUCUCAAACAUGUCAGAAGUACUACUGCUCAAAGGAGGGAGAGCCCCAGACAAUGCGUGAUACAAAGCACUGUAUGAAAUAUCACUGUUCAAACACGGAGCCAGCAUCACAGACAACAGGCAGCCGGGAGAUCCAAAUGCGAAAUACAGCAAAUGAAGAUCUCUACACGUCAGAAAUCAUGAAAUCGACAUUCGUUCAUUCUCCACAACAACAGACAGGAACCAAAUCUGGAGGGCAAACAUCUUUUGACAUUGCUGCAUCUCUGCCCAGUACCAAGAAAGUCAAACAUGUCCGAUUUUCCCCAGGGGAAACAUUAGAGGUCCAUUUCUGUGUAUAAGACCUCUGCUGUCACAGUGUUGGUCUUCUAAAAUAUGUUGAAUUUCCAAAAUUCUAUUCCUUUUAUUGUUUUUUUCUUCUUUUUCGACAGUAAUUUUAGCAAUCAUUAAACCAUUCCCAAGUGCAAUUUUGAUGAAGGGUUUCAUAAACAUUCGUUUUGUUACCACACGAAUAAAUACCUCAUAUAGGAUGUUGCAGCAUUAAAUUAUUUUGGGGUGAUUUUAGGAUAUUACAAUUUUAUCUUCUUUUUUUUCAUGAUUUUGAAAUCAUAUAUUUUUGAAGUGUAUUAAAACUGCACAAUUUUUAAAUUCAAAAGAAAAAAAAUCCGUAUGCCAAUAUUAAUCAACGAUAAAGUGCGAUUUGCAAUUCUUGCCGUUUUAUAAAUCUUUACACAGCACAAGUCUUCCAAGGUGUUAUCAACAGAAAAGUGUGUGAUUAACCUUUACACAUGUAGUGUUUAUUGCUUUGAUGCCACCGAGUGUUCACUUUCACUGCAAUACCUUAUCUCUACGAUACAAGUAUCUCACUUUUAAAGCGUGUUCACUAUUUUAUGACUUUUGUAAAGACCUGUAUUUAUACUCAGAACUUGUUGUAUUUUGUGUUGAAUUUACUGUGCCUUUUCUAGUCAAUAAAGUCUUGAUUUUUU